GUGUUGGAGCGUUCGCUGAGAGAGAAGAGAAGCUGCAGCAGGUUUGCUUCUCCUCCUCCUCAUCACGUCCGUCCUCUCAUCAGGAGGUUGGAGGCUUUGAACACGUCUCUCUUUGUAGCAGGUCAUCGUCUCUAACGUCUCCAUCAUGAAGCUCCUGAUGCUGUGUGCACUUCUCUGCGUCGUGGUUUUGACCAGAGCUGCUGAAAAAGGUGCAGAUGAACAUGUGCAACAACCUGGAAAAGAUGUGUCUCAUCUGGAGAAGAGGUUUCUUUGGCGCUGUUCCAGUGGAUGGACCAAGUACGGAGGACGAUGUUUCCACUUCGUACCACGACCUUUGACUUGGAAUGAAGCUGAGAAAAACUGUCAGGCCGUGGGUGGACAUCUGGCGUCUCUGAGAAACAAGGAGGAGUAUUUUUGGCUCCAGCACUUGAUUGCUACUAAAACUAACAAUUAUCCACUAACGUGGAUCGGAGGCUCCACCCGUAAAACGAACACCACUUGGUUCUGGAGUGAUGGAACCACCUUCACCUUCACCUUCUGGUGCAGAGGAACACCAAACAAUCCUGGGACACGGCACUGUGUGCAAAUGAAUCACUCAGACAACAAAUGCUGGGAUGAUUAUCAGUGUGACGGCAAACGUCCAUCUGUCUGCGUCAAGGAGUCAAAGUUUCUCGGCUGAAACAAAGAGACGUUUCAAAAAGAAGCCUGUGACUGAUGCAUUUCUGUUUUCCUUCCUCUUUCUGUUCAUCCUGUUUCACACAGAGCUUUGGGAUCAAAGAGACAUGAACAUAGGAGCUUGUUUCUGGAGGUUUCAUUAAAACAGCUUCAUUAUCUUCUGCUAUUCUGUCUGAAGCUAAAUAAAAUCUUCACGCAUUGAAACAUGA